CGAAGUUUCCGGUGUUGUGUAUAUUCCUGGAAACAUGGCGGCCAGCUUCCGCGGCCGUCCUAUCCGGAGUCUUCGGAUGCGAGGUCGGAAUGACAGCGGGGAAGAGAACGUACCGCUGGAUCUGACCAGAGAACCAUCAGAAAAUUUCCGUGAAAUCCUCCAAAAUGUGGCCAAAUCGCACGGAGUCAGUAACAUGCGAAAACUGGGCCACCUGAACAACUUCAUAAAGCUGCUUUGCAGCGUUGGCCACCGAGAGGAAAACUUUGGGUUUACAUAUGAAGAAAUCAUCAUUUGCCUGCGGCUAGCUCUACUAAAUGAGGCCAAGGAGGUGCGUGCUGCAGGUUUGCGGGCACUCCGCUACCUUAUUAGAGACACCGUCGUGCUGCAGAAGGUCCUCAGACUACAGGUUGAUUAUUUGGUAUCCAGAUGCAUUGACAUCCAGCAAAGCAAUGAGGGGGAGAGGACUCAAGCUCUGCGACUUGUCCGAAAAAUAAUAUCUGUCAAUGCAAUGCUGUUCCCCACCUCAAUUGCAAAUUCUCUAAUUGCUGUGGGGACUGAUGGACUGCAGGAGCGAGACCGCAUGGUUCGCGCUGCCAUCGCCAUCGUAUGUGAGCUAGCCCUGAAGAACCCUGAGGUGGUGGCCAAAAGAGGAGGGCUCAGCACCAUCCUUAAGAGUGUGAUUGACUGCCAGCUUAGUCGCAUCAAUGAAGCACUGAUCACCACUGUCCUCCAUCUACUUAACCAUCCAUGUACACGGCAGUAUGUGCGUGUUGACGUCGAGCUCGAGCAAAUCCUCGCACCUUUCACUGAUUUUCACUAUCGUCACAAUGCGGACAUGACCGAAGGGCAACUUAAGGAAGACCGAGAGUCCCGUUUCCUAUCUAGCAGAAUGGCGAUAGUUGCUGCCUUCCGUUCCUGGUCUGGGAUCAUCCACCUGUGUAAAGCUGGAAAUUCUGGAAUCCAGUCUUUAAUUGGCUUACUUUGUAUACCAAAUAUGGAAGUUAGGAAAGGCUUGUUGGAAGUUUUAUAUGAUAUAUUCAGGCUCCCUGUCCCCAUUGUGACUCAAGAUUUCACAGAAGGUCUUCAAAGUGUUGAUCCUGCCAGGUUCCAGGACACCUGGAGACUUUCUGAUGGGUUUGUUGCUGCUGAAGCUAAAGUCAUCCUGCCCCACAGGGCUCGCUCUAGGCCUGACCUGAUGGACAACUACCUGGCAUUUGUUCUGUCUGCAUUCAUUACUAGUGGGCUGUUAGAGGGCCUUGUGGAAGUUGUGACCAGCACUGAUGACCAACUUGCUGUGAGAGCCACCAUCCUCUUGGGAGAGCUUUUACACAUGGCCAACACCAUUCUUCCUCAUUCCCACAGUCACCACCUGCACUGCCUUCCCACCCUCAUCAACAUGGCAGCCUCAUUUGACAUCCCCCAAGAGAAACGACUCCGAGCGAGUGCAGCAGUGAAUAAUUUGAAGCGAUUCCAUGAGAAGAAAAAGAGAGGCUUGAAACCACACAGUCUGUACCUGGACCAGAUCAUUCGCAAGUCUGUGUCGUCCCAUAACCACAGAGAUUCACACUCACGUGCCCCAAAAGACAUCUACAUCAUAAAGGACACAGAAGAGGCACUGAUGAUGAACCUGAGAGACAGUCACAUUCUCAACCACAAGCAGAACUUGGAGUGGAACUGGUUGCUCAUUGCCACCAUCCUUAAGUGGCCAAAUGUAAACCUCAGGAACAACAAAGAUGAACAGAUGCACAAGUUUGUACGGAGGCUGCUGUACUUUUAUAAGCCCAGUAGUAAACUAUAUGCAGGGCUGGCGUUGGACCAUGUUAAAGCCAGACAACUCACUGUGGUUGGCUGCCAGUUUGUAGAGUUUCUCAUGGACUCUGAUGAUGAUGGCCAGGGUUACCUGGAGGACCUAGUAAGGGAUAUGGUGUCAUGGCUUGCCUCAUCUUCUGGGCUUAAGCCCGAGCGCUGUCUGCAGAGUAACGGCCUGCUGAGCACACUCAGCCAGCACUACUUCCUCUUCCUGGGGACGCUCUCUGCACACCCACAGGGAGUCAAAAUGCUCGAGAAAUGUGGCCUGUUUCAGUGCCUGCUGAAUUUGUGCUCUGUAAAGAACCAGGAUACUGUGUUGAAACUUGCUGUAUCCACACUGGACUACAGCAGGGACGGUCUGGCCCGAGUGAUCCUCUCAAAGGUCCUCACAGCUGCCACAGAUACAUGCAGGCUUUAUGCUACCAAGCACCUCCGUGUGCUGCUGCGUGCCAGCGUGGAGUUUUUCAGCAGCUGGGGCAUGGAGCUCCUAGUCACGCAGCUUCAUGACCACAGCAAGGCUGUGUCCAUGGAGGCCCUGGACAUAUUGGACGAGGCCUGUGAAGACAAGGCUAAUCUUCAUGCACUGAUUCAGCUGAAACCAGCUGUGUCCCAUCUGGGAGACAAAGGCCUCCUGCUUCUUCUCAGAUUUCUCUCCAUUCCUAAAGGCUUCUCCUACCUCAAUGAGAGGGGAUAUGUUAGCAAACAGCUGGAUAAAUGGCAGAAGGAGUACAACCUUAAGUAUGUGGAUUUAAUUGAGGAACAGCUCAAUGAAGCACUAACAACAUACCGCAAACCUGUUGAUGGCGACAACUACGUCAGACGCAGCAACCAAAGGUUACAAAGACCAAAUGUCUAUCUCCCUGUGCACUUGUAUGGUCAGCUGGUUCAUGAUAAGACAGGCUGUCAUCUACUGGAGUCUCAGAGCGUGGUUCCUGACCUCAGCUACAUGGUUCGCUCCCCGAUGCUGGACACCUGGGAGGGCAUUAAACAGCUGAAGGCUGCUCUCUGGGCUCUGGGAAACAUCGGCUCUUCCAACUGGGGUCUGAAUCUCCUGCAGGAGGAGAAUGUUAUUCCUGACAUCCUCACGUUGGCUCAGCACUGUGAGGUGCUGUCAGUACGAGGGACAUGUGUGUAUGUGCUGGGUGUGAUUUCCAAGACCAAGCAGGGUUGUGAGGUGCUAAAGCAGUACGGCUGGGAUGCGGUCAGACACAGUCGCAGGACGCUGUGGCCUGUCACUCCCGAUGAGGUAGACACACAGCUGACCUCUGAGCUUUCUUCGGUACCAAGCACGCUCAGUUUGAACUCUGAAUCCACCAGCUCCCGCCACAACAGCGAGAGCGAGUCUCAACCAAACAUGUACAUCCUGGAUGAUGAUAAGUGUGAUGUUCUCGACCUGUCAGACGAUCCCUCCUUCUAUCUACACUCCAAACCAAUCAAGGAUCGCAGCCCUUUCACAAUCUUGGCUUCAACACGCUUCGUUAGGCCUCGCUUCCUCAACUCUCUGUCCCUCCCCAGCAAGAAGCUACGCUCUACCAGUGACCCUAAGACCCCUUCAGGCUCUCGCACCCCUAAUGAACUCAUGACCGGUAGCAUGAGGCGGAAUAGGACAGUGACGGAGCCCUCUGUCUACAGCCCAAACCAGGGAGAAGUCUUCACCCCUGUGUUUAAUGGCAGAGGAAUGCCAAAAAGUCCAACAGUUAGCCUGGAGACAUCCUUUGUCGGGACCAGGGGGGGCUCUGAGGAGCAGCUUGUGGAUGGCAGGCUGGCAAGGAGUGGCGGUUCAGGCCUUGGACUCAGUGGUUUGGGCGUUCAUGGGACUGUUGAGCACCAUGGCCGGGAGAAGGAGCAAAGCAGUCGAGAGCGUCUAGCAGGAGAUGGUGGCUCCUCUUCUAGUGGAGGCAAUGUGGGAGGAGGUGGAGGUGGGGGUACUCAAUUUAAAAGCCGCAGUCAGAGCUUUAACACUGACACGACAACCAGUGGCAUCAGCUCCAUGAGCUCCAGUCCUUCCCGGGAGACAGUUGGAAAUCCUGAGCAUCCGGAGCCUGAACCAGACUCUUCUGACUGCGUGAGCCUCAACACUGUAGUGUCUGCCAAGACUGUCAAAACUCUCUCUUCCCCCACCCCCCAGGCUCAGACAAACCACAUGUCCACUUCUAAGUCCUCCAAUGUUUCUCUGGUACCACCUGGCUCCUCGCACACUUUACCCCGCCGAGCCCAGUCUCUAAAAUCGCCCUCAGUAACCACCAUCAAAAGCCUGGCUGAUUGCAGCUUCAUGUACACCAGCCCAAGAGACGCCCUUGGGUACGCUACGCUGAAGAGGCUGCAGCAGCAGAGGAUACACCCGUCUUUGUCUCAUAGUGAAGCGUUGGCUUCACCUGCCAAAGACGUGCUGUUCACUGACACCAUCACUAUGAAGACAGGAAGUCUGGACUCCAGAUUAACUCCUCGCAGGAUAUCACAUAGGAGGCGUACCUGUCCAGAACCCACCGUCAUAAGUCCAUACCGCAGGCUGUCCAGAACACUUGUACCGCGGUUUCUGAAAGCUCUGAGCUUUGCCUCUUUAGAUAAGGAGGAAUUACUCAGCCCCAUCAACCAAAGUACCUUGCAUCGUUGCUCCUCGGUGCGCUCAAUGGUCUCUAGCGCCACCUUUGGGUGUAACGAUGACUACAUUGGCCUUGCAUUGCCAAUGAACAUCAAUGAUAUGUUCCACAUCAGAGACUCGGCCUACUUUCAGCAGAGGAUCAGCCCGCCUUCAGAGGAGCGGAAACGCUUCCUUUUUGGUGAUGGAGAUGGGGAUCGCCCUGCUGUCCCAUUACUGAAACAACAAUUCAGUAUCUCUGAGUUGAUUGUGUCCCGAGGUGACACCCCAAACCACAUAGUCGGUUCAGAGGAAACAGGACUGCAGGAACACACUGAUGAGAACUGCCUCUAUUGUGUGGGAGCCAUUGUCCUCGGAUACCCCACUCAGCCACAGAUCAACAGCACACACCCUCGCACAGAUUAUAUUGACUUCCAGUCAUGGGGAAGCCAGAGUGGUCAUCGUCUGGAGGUGAUGCCUCAGUCCAAGUUCUCUGGGGUGUCAGGCUGCAGUGAUGCUGCUGUGUCCCAGGGCUCAAUCUCUAGCACACCUACACCUGGUGACAUUGUCAUUGGCGGUAAGGCGAUAUCAGAGGAUGGCCCUGCUUCUCGAGUCUUGCUGAGGAAGGAGGUCCUCCGCCUGAUCAUAAACCUCAGCUCCUCUGUAGGCACCAAAGGCCAUGAAACAGGACUACUGACGAUAAAGGAGAAGUUCCCAUAUGCGUUUGAUGACAUUUGCCUGUACUCCGAGGUUUCUCAUCUCUUGGCCCACUGUAUGUUUCGCCUGACUUCAAGACGUUUCAUACAAGAACUCUUCCAGGAUGUGCAAUUUAUGCCAAUGUAUGAGGAAGCUGAGGCAAUCCUGACCAAGCUAUCAAAACCUGUCGAAGAGGAUGUUAACCCUCCUGCAGAAUCAUGAUCACCCCCUGCUUCCCCGUGUUCCGUGCACAACUGCUCCUUACAACCAUGGAAAGAAAGCAAGACUGACAAAAUACAAGUCAAAGCUCUAAGGACAGAGGUUUAUUUGGCACGUUUCUGUUGCUUGAAACAAGGGUGUUGCUGCCAAUAAAAAGGAGGAUUUGAUCAUCACUCAGCUUCCUUUUAGCAAAUAUGAGCUGGAAGCAAAAGACAUCAGAUUCUGGAUAAUGUUUCACAACACACCUAAUGCUAUUUCUGAUAGUCUUUUUUUAACAGGAAAAAUGGGGAGCAGUUUAGCCAAAUACUGUUUUCACAUGGCUUGAAAAUCAUGGGCAACACUCAAUAAUACAUCGACGUAAUGCUAAAGGACAAGCUGGAGCAUUAAGACAAAUACCCAAGUUGUGUGUGUUUUUUUUUUUAAAAUCACUUUACAGAGGAGGUUUUUCUGUAAUGAAAUACGGCAUGUUAUGUCAGCCCUGAGAUUUCUAGGUUCCUGCUUUCUUUUAUUCAGCAAAACACUACAGAGGGAUCCAACUGUUUUUAAAAUUUAUCUGGAGCCUUCCUGGUUUAUAUCCCACCAUGACUUGUGAUCUUUUUUCCAGCAGAUAUGUGCUUUUGCUUCUAUUGCCUCACCCCUUCCUACAGCCUGUACCUACUUGUCAGCACAGACAGCCCAUUAACUUUCUACUUCUUGUAUCUCAGACAAUCAAACAUCACUAGUAUUGGAUUUUCUAAAGCAUUAUAGUUACCAUCUUUACUCAGUACAGAGGGUGAAUAGCAUGUAAUUUAUUGCUAGAUUAUUCCAUCCUUUACUUGCUUAGAUCCUUUAACAUUUUUCUUCGGCCAUUGCAUUUUAAGUAAGCUGUACAGAAGGUAGAUUGGUCUUUGGAAAGAUUAAGUUAUCUUUAGAACCGUGGAUUACAGGUCCAGUAGUAAACUGCUCACAGAUGUUUCCAGUACCUGCAUAAACCCUACAGCUACUCAUCACAAUGCCUUCUUACCUCUGUGCUUCACCUCUACUGCAUGUUCAACAAGCAUGGCAAAGUUGUAACGUCACUUUAAUGUAUUUCUUGCUUGUUAAACUUUUAUUUAAGAAUAAGUUGUCAUUACAUGCUUUCAUACAUUGUAGGAAUUUAAUUACCCCAGGAUCUGUUUCCACAAUGCAAUAUCACUUAUCUGUCAUUGGGUGAGGAGGGGUGAGGUGUAGUGCGACAUAGUGUGAUGACUAAAGAAUAUGUAAAAGGUUUCCAGGGAAACGGGACUCUGUUUCCAUUGGCUUGUUUUUGCUAUAAUGCUGCUACAGAAAUGGACUCGUAGAGAGAUGGUUCAUAGAUCAGCUGAGUUACGUCAGAUCCGAUCUAUUUAUUAUAUGUCUGUACCAUAGUGAGCUCAACCAGAGAAGAAAAAAGUUAUUUAUAUUUUUUCCUCAAGACUGUAUUAUAAUUUAAAAAGAUUUUUUUUUUCCUUUUUGCCUGAAUCGUGGUUUCCCUUGUAUAAUGUGUACAGUAUGUUUUUGGGGGCAUUGAUGACCUGAAGAAACAUACAAUCCUAUCAAAGGGAUUCAUUGUUAAUAAAACAAAAUUUGAAAUACCCAAAAUAUGCUUGUAUUUUAUACUUAAUUUGUGACUUGUUUAAUUUGAUCACAGCCUUCUAAAACUACAGAAAUAGUUGGCUUCAUUUUUGCCUUUGAAGACAAAUUAACUGAUCUAAAUGCUCAGAGGUGUUUAGACUGGAUCUGCCUGAAUGUUGAAUUCUGUCAUCAGGCUCCUAAGUGCUCAGUUAAUCUACAUUUACUUCUAAAAAAAUAAGUUUUCCAGCACAAUUAUCCUGAGUGAUGUUCUGUAAAAUGAGUUUGUUCCCAUCAAGGAUGCUUCCAAAGGAAAAAAAACUGUUCUAUUGAGGUACAACAUGGAUCAAAAUCAAAAUGUCAAAAAUUUUAAAUAUUAACCGUUUCUGUUGGUAUCUAAUAACUUUACUAAAAUAAUGUGGUUUUAUUCAUAGAAUGAGCCAUUUAUACACCUACUUGCUGUGAGUCCAUAUACAUAUUGCCACAUACAGCUGCUGUAUUUGUGCUACAAUUUUUAACUACGGCGUCUCUGAAUGAACAACUAACUGAAGUGAGAACCGUCUGAGCUUUAAAUCUGCAGUACCAGAUUUGUUUGAUAGGUGCUGGAGAACCAUUUGGGAUAAGUAACACCUUGAAUGGCACAUAGAAGACAGUACACAUGUACAUAAUUUUGAAGUAGCUACCUGCAAUCCAAUGAUAAAAACAUGUUUGUAAGAAUUGUUGCCACUGACUGUCAC